AUGGCGCACCAAAUCCAAGACGUCGACGCCGAGCCCGAAGAGACAUACGACGAGAAUGCCGACGAGGACUUCAACCCCGACGUCGACAACGAUGGCGCCUCCGCCUCCGCCUCUUCAGAAGACGACGAGGAAACAACCACAACCAAGAAAUCGAAACCUACCCAAAAGCGCAAGGCCACACAAGCAUCCCUAGACGCCGACCUCGACUCCGGCGACGAAGCCACGAUAAACGAGCGCAAAUCGAAGAAGCGGAGACGCAAGCAUGGCAAGCACCAACCCGAUGCACCAGAGGCAGCAGACGAGGACGAAAGCGCCGGCGAAGGGGGGCUGAUUAAGACUCGCGCCCAGCGACUGGCGGAAAAGGUCGAGCGGAAACAGCGGAAGAGGGAGCCGGUGGGGGAGGUGACGAUUGAUGUUGAUGCGGUGUGGGCGGAGUUGAGUGGGUUGGGGGUGGGGAGGGAAACGAAGGGGUUUCUACAGCGGGAGGUUGGGAAGGAGCAGGAUGGGGAUGGGAUGGAUGUGGAUGCGGAGGGGGAUAAGGAAAACAUCGCCGCUGAUACGGCCACUAAGAAGGCGGAGGUAGUCGAUGAGGAGGACAUGAUCACAAUCACCCGCCUAAUCAACUACGCCGGCGAAACGACCUCAGUCAGCGAACGCGUUCCUCGAGCCUCAAAAGAGGCGCAACAAUACCUCGCCUCCCAUCCCUCAGCCUCUCAAAACCCCACCCCAACCUCUACAUCAGCACUCCACCGCCCCCUCCGCCGUCCCUCCCUCUUCGAACCCAACCCCACCGGCGCAGUCAAGAACGUGCCCCCUCAAUUCCUGCGCCCGCGCGCGCCCUCCCGCCUGGACGUCGUGCAGGCCGAGAAGCGCGCGACAGAGGAGCAGCGCAAGAAAGCGCAACGCAUGACGACUGUGCAGAAGAGCGCGCUGGACUGGCGGGGUUUCGUGGAGGGCGAAGAGGGACUGAAGGAGGAGUUGGAGCGGUAUGGGAAAGGCGGGCGUGCGUAUCUGGAUCGCGAGGGUUUCUUGGGGAGGGUGGAGAUGGCGAGGGAGGGGGCGGCGAGAGAUGCGCGGUUGAAGGCGUGA